UGUGCAAUUCACGUGCAUGUAAUUUAUUUACUCAAGCAUGACAUGGAGUAUAUAAAAGGUGGAUUGAACGGGUUGGAAGUUUAGAAAGUUUAAGUAUUUUGUGUAUAUCCUUAUGUAAAUAUAAUUUUUUCGAGCACAAUGAAUAUGCAUAAAAUAAUUUUGUUAACUGCGGUGUGUAUAUCACUAAUAAACUUUAUUCAAGGAGGAGAUAACACAGAAAUAUCAAUUGUUCCAAUACUUGGUCCAUUUGAUCUUGCUGAAGGCCCACAUUGGGAUGAAAAUAGUAAUAUUUUAUAUUUUGUGGAUAUUCAUCAGCAAAAAUUGUACUCUUGGGAUUCUGAGACAAAUGAACUCACUUACACAUUCAUAAAGUAUGGUCCAGUGAGUGUUGCAGUUCCAAUUGAUGGCAAAGAAAAUAGCUAUGUAGUAGGGAGUGGUACCAAUCUUGUUGAAAUAUAUUGGAAUCGACAUUUUAAUGAUACUGAUCCUGAUGUGGAAAUUAUUCGAACAGUUGACUCGACACGUCUAUAUAACAGAUUCAAUGAUGGAAAAGUAGAUCCCAAAGGGCGGUUUUGGGCUGGUACAAUGGCAGAACAUGGAAAUGAGUACCCACCUAACCAAGCUUCUCUUUAUAAAUUUGAUUCUGAUGCCAAACGUAGUACAAUGAUCAGUCCAGUAAGCAUCAGCAAUGGUCUUGUAUGGAAUCAUGCUAAUGACACAUUUUAUUACAUUGAUUCUCCUCAAAAAAAAGUUUUUGUCUUUGAUUAUGACAAUGAGAGUGGUAAUAUUAGUAAUCAGCGAACUUUGUUUGAUUUUGUAAAGUAUAAUAUUACUGGAGUUCCUGAUGGAAUGACAAUCGAUAGUACAGGAAAUCUCUGGGUAGCAGACAACUUGGGUAAUGGAAAGGUGCUGCAAAUAGAUCCUUCUUCUGGAGAGUUGUUACGAAUAGUUGAUAUGCCAGUGACUCACGUUUCAAGUUUAGCUUUUGGUGGUCCGAAUAAAGACAUUCUAUACGUAACAAGUGCAAGAGAAGGUUUAGAAGAUGAAAUAAAAAAUCAACCUUAUGCAGGUUUUGUAUUUGCUAUUUAUGGUCUAGGAGUGACUGGAUCUCCAAUGUUAUCUUACAAACUGGAAGAUGACAUUGUUUUUAAUAAGUAAAUAAUAUAAUGAUGUAUUUAACUGAUGUGAUGAAUGUACUUUUUGUUUCAUAAUUAAUUUAAGUUAACAUGAUCAUCAUGUUUCAUGGGAACAAUGGCAUUUGAAUGAACAUGAAAUAGAAUUGAAGGGAUGUAAAAUGUAGACAAAAGACCCAGAGAAAGAAUUGAACUUGAAGAAUAA